UACUGCGCCCAGGAUAACAGAAAUCUUUGCGUUUUAUUUUUUAUUUUUUAAUGCUGCUCUCUUGUAGCAUAGGUGCACUUGCAUGUACAAUUUUCUACAAUCGUCGCAGACAUUAAUCUAUAGACAUCCACUUUCCUAUUUCUCUAGCCUUAUUGAUCAGUGCUUUUCGUUAAAGAAUCCCGCAAAAUUUUCAAAAGCCAUUCAUGCUCAGUUGAUAAAAUUAUCUUUUAAUACGAAUACUUUUUUGGGCAAUCGCUUUAUUGAGCUUUAUCUAAAAUCUGGGUCUGCAAAUGACGCUCUAAGGGCUUUUCAUGAAUUACCCGACAAAAAUGUUUUCUCUUGGAAUUUGUACUUGAAAGUGUUCGUCAAAUGCUUUGACAUGCUAAUGGCGCGUCAAGUGUUUGAUGAAAUGCCUGAUAGGGAUGUUGUGAGUUGGAAUUCGAUGAUAUCGGGGUAUGUUUCAGGUGGAUUUUUGGAGAAUGCACAAGACAUGUUUUUGGAAAUGCAAAACAGUGGCGUUAAACCAAGUAGCUUCACGUUUUCAACUUUGAUUUCUUGCGUGAAAUGUGCCGAUUAUGGAAAGCAAAUGCAUGGCAAUAUCACAAGGAAUGGUUUUGAUUAUUCAAAUUUGGUGGUUGGAAAUGCAUUAAUAGAUUUGUAUGGAAAGCUUGGUUUAGUGGAUUAUGCGGUUGGUGUGUUUUUUACUAUGCCAAAAGUGGAUGUGAUUUCUUGGAAUUCUUUGAUUUCUGGCUGUUGUAAAUCUGGUUAUGAAAAACCUGCAUUAAGUCAUUUCUGCUCAAUGAGAGGUAAGGGGCAUAAAGCUGAUGAGUAUACGAUGUCGGCAGUGCUUACUGCUUGCACUAAUUUGCAGAAUUUGGAAGCAGGUAAAAGUAUUUUAUGUCUUUGCAUGAAGAUGGGGUUUCUUUGGAAUACAAUUGUUUCUAGUGCAGCCAUUGAUCUGUUUUCCAAAUGCAACAGAAUGAAGGAUGCAAUUUGCUUGUUCGAUGAGUCAAAUAUAUUUGAUUCAGCUCUUUCCAAUUCGAUGAUCGCUUGCUAUGCAAGGAAUGGAUUAAUGGAGAAUGCACUGGAACUUUUUGUCCUUGCAUUAAGGGAGAAUAUCAGACCAACGGAAUUCACACUCAGCUGUGUUGUUGGAUCUGCUGCUGUCUUCCUUCCGUCGGAGCAGGGGAGUCAGGUCCAUUCUUUGGUGGUCAAAUCAGGAUUUGAAUCGGACGAUGUUGUUGCCAGUUCACUAGUUGAAAUGUAUGGUAAGUAUGGGUUAAUCGACUCUGCCUUGCAUAUCUUUUCUAAUAUGAGUACAAAAGAUUUGAUAUCUUGGAAUACUAUGAUAAUGGGAUUGGCUUACAAUGGCAAAGCAAUCGAAUCCCUUAGCAUUUUUGAGGAACUACUUGAAAGUGGUUUACAUCCCGAUCAUAUAACACUUUCUGGUAUUCUUUUAGCCUGCAAUUACGGUGGCCUUCCUGAGGAAGGGAUGGCCAUUUUUUCUUCGAUGGAAAAGGAAUAUGGAAUUACUCCAAGAAACGAGCAUUAUGCUUAUGUUGUAGAUACGAUCAUGAGGGCAGGUAACAUUGAAGAUGCAAUUUCAAUAUUAGAAACAAUGCCACUCAGUGCUGCUCUUUUUUCGGAAUCUGUGCUUCGAACUUGUGGACAUCUUGAAAACCUGGAACUAAUUGAAAGAGUCACAAAGAGGAUGAUGGAGUUGGAACCACAAUCAUCUCUUCCUUACUUGGUGUUGGCCGACGCAUAUGAACAAAGGGGUAAAUGGGAGAGCCUUGUACGAGUUAGGAAAGUGAUGGAGAAGAUGCCGACAAAGAAAGUAGUUGGCUGCAGUUGGAUUGGAUUAAAAGACCAUGUCUAUGCUUUUGAAGCAAACCAAAUGAUUCAGCAUGGUGGAAAGGAUGUUUAUUUAAUUUUGAAAUUAUUGAUGCAAGAAGUGCAGGAAGAAAACAAUCCUUUGCAGAUUAUUGACAUAAGAGAGUAGAGAUUGUGCCAUGUUGUUCAUUGACAUGGCUAUCCAUACAGUUUGGCAUCUUUCUGUAGUCACGAUCUUGGCAAAACUCGUGCACUUGGAAUAAAGGUGGUGAUUUGUCGAAUCAAUUCUGCACGAGACUCAAAACAGGCUAUUAGUGUGAGAUCUGAGCGUAUUCGAGACGAAAUUAAGUGGUUGACAUGAAAUGAGACUUCAUAGCUAUAAUAUGGAAGAAAAUAAAGGCGUGUCAGUGUCAUUGUUUGCAGUAAAUAUUGCAUGGAUGACUUAUGGGAUUUCAACUGGAAGAGGAUGAAAGAUUUCUGUUUCUAGGGGAUUUACUAGCCAACUCUUGCAUAUUGUUCUGAUUCAGACUGCUUUGAAAAUGGCUCAGUGCAGGAACAUCUGAAUUCGUGGAAAGCAUAAACGCGCACGAGGAAAGAGAGAUUUAUAGUGAUUCACUCACAAUGUGGCAGGUGCUGAUAUGAUCCAGGAGAAUUACAAGCCCUUCGUUAUAUGUUGCUAGAUCUAGCAAAGGAACUUAAAAGAGACCUUCAGAGAGAAUGCUGAUGGUGUAAAUGUGUAAUGCCCUGAACCCGUUUGACUUAUCACAUGGUUGUUAGGGUUACAGCCGUAAUCCCAAUCCUGGAAGCAAUUAUGGAGAAAUGGAAAACAUAAACGCACGCUCGGAACCAGAAAUUUAUAGUGUUUCACUCUCACCUCUGCUGAUUUUUCACCAUGAUCAAGGAGAAUUACUAGUUCCGACUUCUAACAUACUGAAAAGACGUCCCCCUCAGAUUCUUAUUUGUAGUGUCAAUUCAGAUAAAAGUAGAGGUGUACUUGGGCUGCAAUGGCUUAAAGAAUCUUGAUUUUCCUGGUUCUUGAAGAUUGUUGGAUGUCAAAUUCUCAGUAUAGUGAUCCAAAGUCUUAAAAAACCAUCAAGUUUAAUUUAUACAAGCUAUGCGGACCCAUUAGUCCAUUC